ACAUGGCGCUCGUUAAGUUUAGAAUUUGUAUGUUGAUGGUUGUAAUUUAUUAGAGUAGAAGUUAUUGUUGAAAUUGGUGUUUAUAAGCUGUUAUUGUUUAUUGACAGAAUUUUAACUAUUUAAAAAACACACCAAGAUUUAAACUACCAAAUGGCAAACGUACUCUUAAGUGAAGCAGAAAAAACUUUUAUACUACAAGGUGUUGAGGACAAUUUUCGCUGUGAUGGUCGUUCCUGCAGAGACUAUAGACCCAUGGAACUGGAGACUGAUGUUGUAAGCAACGCAAGUGGUUCUGCUAGAUUACGACUUGCCAACACAGAUAUAUUAGUUGGAGUCAAAACGGAAAUUGAUGUUCCAUUUCCAGAAACUCCCAACCAAGGAAAACUAGAAUUUUUUGUUGAUUGCUCAGCAAAUGCCACACCUGAAUUUGAAGGUCGUGGUGGAGAAGAGUUGGCAACGGAGAUCAGCAAUAGUCUCGCUAGAGCUUACGCUUUGUUCCCUUUAGAGAAGCUGUGUAUACUUCAGGGAUUGCAAUGUUGGAAACUCUACGCAGACAUCCUGGUUUUGGAAUGUGGUGGAAACUUAUUUGAUGCCGUUUCUCUUGCUGUCAAGGCUGCUCUACACAACACCCGUGUGCCAAGAGUCACAGGUGCUGAGAUGGAUGGAGGUCAGGUAGACUUGACUCUCUCAGAUGACCCUUUUGACUGUUGGAGACUAGAUGUGUCAACUGCUCCUCUUAUAGUUACUCUCUGCAAGAUUGGUGAUCACUGUGUAGUGGAUCCGACUGCAGAAGAGGAGACUUGUAGUACAGCAAGCAUUGUCAUAGCAACUACCCCUGAUUCCAAAGUGACUUAUGUUUUCAAGACUGGCUUUGGUAGUUUUCACAGUCAUACAUUAAAAGACACUCUGAAGGUUGGAAAAGAAAUAGGGAUCACAUUAAAUCAAGAGCUUGCAAAAGCGCUUUCUAAAGAAGAAAAACUGGGUGAAAAACGUGAACGAUACGGAUUUUUGAAGUGAUACAGUGAAUGAAGUGUACAGAAAACAUAUAACAUAUGUGUAAAUAUAUUACAUUUUCUUUCUAUCAAAA